UUUUUAGUAAACUUCAUCAUACCCAUACACGCGUAUAACUGUGAUUCUUUUUUCCAUCUCUUUCUCGCGGGGGGAGGCUCUACUUAUGCAUUACAUUUAACACAUACACGCGAAACGACGUGUUAGUCUCUUCGGCGAGUCGCGCGAUACACGGGACUCCCGAACGUAUUUGAGUGUUCCCGAUAUACACUCGAAUAGCUGUCAAAAAGUUGCAGCCGAGUAACAGUUCGAUUUCGGAGUUCGGCUUGGAUUGACACACACACACAGACACGCAUGGACAGAGGCCACGUGCAUUUAUAAGUUUGUCGUCGUCGUUCGUUCUCCGAUUGAGUUUAUUGCACAGUGCUGAAAGACAAUACGACGACAACAACAACGCAGGAUCCUAACCUCUAGCAGACAAGAAUGGUGUUGGUUUUGAACGGGAUCCCCCAGGAGGAGGUCCCCUGCACCAGCCGCGAUCUCUACAAUGCCCACCCGGUGUAUCGGGAGUCGGCCAAUCAGCUGCACAUGGUGCCGACGAAGCUGGUCGGACCCGCGGGUCUGCUCUACGUACAGCAGCGGGAGAUGGCCGCCACACUGCCCCAAGACAAAAACGUGACGAUACUCGGCACCGACGAUGUAACGACUUGCGUCAUUGUCAUAGUCAGGCACGGUGGCUCCGGAGCGGUGGCUCUGUCGCAUCUCGACGGUUCCGGCACCGAGCAGGCCGUCUGCCACAUGAUAGCGAGGGUGUCCGAGCUGAGCAUCGGCUUCCCCGAGGGUCGCAUAGAGCUCCAGCUGAUCGGCGGCUACGCCGAUCCCCGAAAUUAUUCCGAGCAGUUGUUCCACAGCAUAUUGUCUUGUUUUCACAAAUUACCGAUAGAGAUUUACCUGACGUUAUGCUGCGUGGGCGAGCUGAACACGACCUUCCGCGCGGGCAUACACUGGCCGAUGAUCUACGGCCUCGGCAUCAACGUGACGACCAGCGAAAUUUUCCCCGCGACCUUCCCCGACAAGGGACCCGAGCAGCCCCUGAGGUCGGCCCGACAUUUCACCGGUGGACAGGAGGUGCUGGACAUCUAUGAUUAUACUCUUGGCCUUUUGAAAAUUGGCCCUUUCAACUAUAGCCCGUCGCGAGGUGUCAAUCUCUGGCUGUCUCGAUCGGAUCAAUUCAUUUUGCAACAUCUGUCGACUUCUCCGGACGUCGAACCACCUCAUUUUGUUUCUAACAUCCGAGCGACGCUCAAAUACAUACAAGAAAAUCCAUUUCCAUCCGUCACCGUGUUCAGAGACAACAAACCGCACUACUAUCGCAGGGACGAAGUAACUGGCUGCUGGCAACCAAUACGCUACUAGACUUUCGUGUUAAAAAAAAAAAAAAAAAUUAGCUCAUAAUCAUGUACUAGUUCGACUGGAAAAUUACAGCUGCUCCGGAAGUAUUUAAUUGAAAAUAAUUAUUUUUAAUAUCACUUAAUCGAGUCAGUGGCGAGCUCUUGUUUGAGUUUAAACGAAAACGUAUCAUUGUAAAAAGUAUCGUCAUAAUAUUGUUAAUCCGAUUCAAAAUCGGUGAAAUUCUCUUUGAUAAUACAAAAAUAACAACAGUUUGUUGAAACUAUUGAAUUUAUAGAGAAUUUAUCAAAUGAAAGAUCUAAAAUUGCUACAAAUUAUCAAAUUACAUUUAGAUCUAAAUUGUUGAAUUUCAAUUUAUGUUGAUUGUUAGACAUUCAUCAUAAUUCAUCUAAUCAAUCAUUCACAUUUUUAUUAGUUAUCGAUGUAGUUAAUUUUAAUAAUGAUUAUUUUGUUCACGAUGAAUAGAAUUUUUCUAUUAAAAAUAGAGUAAUACUUUAAUAAGUGUUAAUGUACAUAACAAUAAUACUUUUGAACUCGAUUGCAUUGAUCGCAUACGAGGUAUUUGUAAAUAUGUUAUUUAAAAAGUAAUAAGUUUGAUUUAUUGUGAGUUUAUUACAAAGUACUGUAUGCAUACGUUUAUGUUAUUGUAAAAAUAUUUGUAAUAAAUUUUAUACUAAAAGUAA